AUGUAUGUCUACAGAACCGUAAUCGAGCUCGAUGUGGGCUGUUCACUUAUUCAUCUGGCCCCCAGUCGCCUAGACAGUCAAGGUCAGGGUUUAGUUGUUGGCUUGUUCCCCGAGCUGGAAUGCAAAUGUUUCAUCACCAAUCGAAAUGACAUAGUCAGUGCGGGUUCGAGUGUCACCGCGAUUGGUGAUCAAAACGUUUGCAAUCCAACCACCAGACUCGGAGAACAGACCAUUAACCAAUCAGCGCACCCGAGCUACCUAUAUUCCACAACACUGACACGGUCAGGGUAUCUCCGGAAACGUGCAGUACGUAUCGUCGUACACUAUUUUUUUCCAGAAAGGCUAACGCGAGAUAUCAAGACGGGCAGCUUUCGGAAAGCUUCAGUGGUUGUCUUCGAAGCGUAA